AUGAUGAAUCAAACACUACUAAUGGAAUUCUCGCUCAUGGGAUUUACUGAGAGCCAGAUGCUAUUGAGGCUACAUACUGUGGUCUUCUCACUGAUCUACCUAGUGGCCAUGAUGGAGAAUUUAAUUGUCAUCCUCCUCACAGUUCUUGAUCAACGCCUCCACAGUCCAAUGUACUUUUUCCUAAGGCAUUUGUCUUUCGUAGAUCUGUGCCUCAUUUCUGCCACACUACCCAAAUCCAUCCUCAAUUCCAUCACCUUCAGUCACUUCAUCUCUUUUCUGGGAUGUGUGUUACAGCUCUUCUGUGUGGUACUACUGUCUGGGUCAGAGAUUGGCAUUCUCACUGCAAUGUCCUAUGACUGCUAUAUUGCCAUCUGUCAUCCUCUGCAUUAUGAGGGUGUUAUGAGCAAAGGGGUCUGUGUCCAGCUAAUGACUAUUUCCUGGCUCAAUGGAGGGGUCUUGGGAAUCUUGUACUCAUCUGGGACAUUCUCUUUAAACUUUUGUGGGUCAACUAAGAUCCAUCAGUUCUUCUGUGAUGUCCCUGCUCUACUAAAACUCAGUUGUUCUAAGGAAUAUGCAACUAUUAAUGUCUGUGUGGCCAUUGGGGUCUGUUACGCAUUUUCAUGUUUAGUUUGCAUUGUGAUCUCUUAUGUAUAUAUUUUUACCACCGUGUUAAAGAUCCCAACCAGACAGAAGCAGUCCAGAGCCUUUUCCACCUGCCUGCCUCACCUCAUUGUGGUGAGUGCAUUCCUUCUAACAGGUGCUAUUGCUUAUUUAAAACCAGUUUCUGAUGAGCCUUCUCUUCUGGACUUGUUUGUGUCUGUGUUCUAUUCUGUGGUACCUCCAACCUUGAACCCUGUUAUUUACUGUCUGAGAAGCAAAGAUAUUGAAUCAGCCCUAGGAAAAAUCCUAAGUAAAGUUAAAAGGAGUGGGAUAAUGGAAAGAUGA